GAGGACGAGAUCUCAGGGUAGGGCAACAACCUCGAAGCUAGUCUAAACUAGUGGGAGGUUGUCUGCAGGGAUGGCACGCGGCAAGGUGCAGCUGAAAAGGAUCGAGAACCCGGUCCACCGACAGGUCACCUUCUGCAAGCGUCGAAUGAGCCUGCUCAAGAAAGCUAACGAACUGUCGGUGCUGUGUGAUGCCGAGAUCGGCAUCAUCAUCUUCUCCACACAUGGCAAGCUCUACGAGCUAGCCACAAAGGGGACGAUGGAAGGUCUGAUCGACAGGUACAAGACGGCAUGUGGAGAUGCUCACAGUACCGCAGGAGGUGGUGAUGCAAACCAAUCUCAGGAAUUUAAGCAAGAGAUUUCCAUGUUGAAGAAAGAAAUUGAUCUGCUGCACAAGAGUCUAAGAUGCAUGCUUGGAGAGGGAAUUGCUGGACACAUGACACUGGAUGAACUGCUCGUCCUAGAAAAGCAUCUUGAGAUGUGGAUGUAUCACAUCCGUGCCACAAAGAUGCAGAUCAUGUUCCAAGAGAUCCAAUCCCUGAAGAACAAGGAGGGAAUCUUGAAGGCAGCAAAUGUGUUUCUCCAAGAAAAGAUAUUAGAGCAAAAUAGCCUCUUUGAUGUGUCUCCAAUGCUUGUACAGCAAAAUGGGCAUUUUGAUGCAGGUCAAAUGGUAGCAGCUGACAUUCCAUACCCACUAACCGCACAAUAUGAUGCAUUCAAAUCUUGGGGGCUCUGAUAUGGGCUUCUCUUACUGAUCACAAUAAGGUUUGGAGAGAACCUUGUAAGAUUCGAGUCUGUCUUGUUGUGUCAUAUGGUUCUCAGAACUGUGUAAUAUUCCCAAAGGCUGGGGUUUGGAAUGAUAUGUUUGACCUAUGAUGGACUAUCCCAUUUAUGUGUAAGCUUUGAUCUGCGCAUGACUGCUAUCCUUCCUAUCUAUA